UGUGUGAGCAGAGACCGUGUGCCGGUGAGCGGCGGGCCGAGCGGGCAGACCGUGCUGUGACCUGGGGGAGCUCCGGGCAGCGACCGUGGACGGCGGGGCGGCGCGCGCGGCCGCGGGCGCCGCCGGCGGGCCCAGCGGGGCGGCGGCGGCCGCCGGCGAGCUGUCGGCGGCGGCGGCGGCGCCCGACAUGGCGGCUUACUCGCAGUUCAGCUACCAGUACGGCGCGUCGGCCUCACAGCUGCUGAUGCCCGGCCAGCCGAGCGCGCCGAGCACGCCCGGUACGCCGAGCACGUCGUGCUGCGAGACGGGCCGGCCGGUGGCCACUGACCCGGUGACCGGUCAGGCCAUCUGCUCGUGUCAGUACGAGGCCGGCGGCGGCGGCCGGUCGGGCGCACUGUGCGGCUACCCGCGGCUGCCGGCCGGCACGGCACUACCCUACGGGCCGGCGUACUCGAGCGGCGGCGACCAGGGCGCCUACCCCGGCAUCGGAGUCGAUAGCUCCUACUUCGCCUUC